UGAUGGCUCUGAAGAGUAGGACAAACAUUUGUAUCUAAGUGUUACACUUGUAAAGCAACCCCAAAACCUACUACUCUCUCAUCAGAUCUAAUAGUAGAUAUUAUUUUGCGGGCCCUUCCUCUACUCACUCCUCAUCCUUAUCCAUCCCUUUGAAUGUAUGUCCACUCUUCAAUUUCCUAUUGGCAAUAUUCAUUCAACAUUACAUUAGUUAAUCUUGUAUAAACUACACUAUAAUUAACAUUGGAAAAAGGAAAAUAAAAAAAAAUUAUUGGCGUGAGAGAGAUAUUUCAGCUAAACCUUCAUCUAUAUAUGACCAAAUAGAGCCAUCCGCCAAAAACAUUACUGAGAGGAGAAAUCAGAAGAGAAAAAGAAAAAAGAAAAAGAGCAAGCGAAAAAUGGUCCUCCUAGAGAAGCUUUGGGAUGAUGUAGUGGCUGGGCCUCAACCAGAACGUGGUCUUGGCCGGCUUAGAAAGAUCACCACCCAGCCCUUGACCAUCAAAGAUGAAGGAGAAGGGAGCAAGUAUCAGAGGUCGAUGUCGAUGCCGGCGACUCCUGGGACACCAGCGACUCCGGUGACACCGACGACGCCGGUGUCAGCGCGUAAGGAGAACGUCUGGAGGAGCGUGUUCCAUCCGGGUAGCAACCUUGCUACUAAAAGCAUUGGUGCUGAGGUUUUCGACAAGCCACAGCCCAACUCUCCAACCGUCUAUGACUGCAACCAAACGGAGGUUCAGAGUCAGAGAAGGAAGGAAAACUUGGCUAUUUGUUUGGUAGCUGCGUGGAAAUAAUUCUUUUGAGUAGACACCCUUGUGCUCAGAUGGCUUUACAGUGGGGAGACGAGGAGCAAGCAUCACCGCUGAUUGGGUGGUGAUCAUGACAAGGCAGCUAGCGGAAAGGCUUUGCCUUUAACCAGGGGUUGCAUGUAAAUAGCGUCUUUUCCCAGUUUCGGAUGUCCCACGUGUCCUUGUUUUGGUCGUGUUUGUCAUUACGUGUCCUAAGUAGAUGUUAAGAGCUGACUAAAGCUUUAGCCGCCCUUCCUCCUUUUUUGUGAGUAAUGAUGCCUAAGGUUUGUGGAAUGGUGCUGGCUCAAACGCUACAGCCCCCACGGUGUCUAGGUGAUCUUUGGUCAUUCAAGAUCCGGCCGUGAGCGGCGGCGAUGGUAAUGAGCUACUCUUAUUAUUAUUAUUUGAAUAAAUAAAUUUAAGGGUAUUGUAUUAUGUGAAUAAAUAUGUUAUUUAAUUAAUUAAUUUUGUGUUCAUCAAUGGAAGAGCUUAUGGUUGAAUUA